GCUCCCCCACACCCCCCCGCCGCCGGGGCUUCCCUUCCUCUCCUCAUUCAGCGCCGCCUCGGCCGCCGAGCCGCCGUUCCCCCGGCAUGUCCCAUAGCCGGGCUCCCCUCAGCGCCCGGCUCCUGUAGCGCCUCCGCCCGCGGGCGAGGCAGGGCCGAGGGGGGCGGCCAGAGGGGUGCCGUUCCCGGGGCUCUCCGGACACCGUGGGGCUAUGGGGGGCUCCUGAGGCGAGCAGCGGGGAAGCGGAACGCCUCGCCCCGCCGCCACUACCACUACCACCACCAUGGAGCCGCCUUCUCCUCCUCCUCCUCUUCCUUCUCACCCCGGCGCGGCGGAGCCCGCCGGCUGCCCCAAGGACACCGACCGUCAGCUGCGCCUCCGUCUCUGCGUCCUCAACGAGAUCCUCAGCACCGAGCGGGACUACGUGGGGACCCUCCGGUUCCUGCAGUCGGCAUUUCUUCACCGGAUCCGCCAGAAUGCUGUGGACAAAGCCGAGAAAUACAUAACAGAGGAGAAUGUUAAGAUCUUAUUUUCUAACAUCGAAGACAUUCUUGGCGUUCACAAGGAGUUCCUGGCUGCUCUGGAAUUUUGUUUACAACCAGAACCUCAGUCUCAGCAUGAACUGGGAAAUGUUUUCUUAAAAUUUAAAGACAAAUUCUUUGUGUACGAGGAGUACUGUAGCAACCACGAGAAAGCACUCAGACUGCUAAUGGAAUUGAACAAGAUCCCAACAGUGAGAGCAUUCCUCCUGAGUUGUAUGCUUUUGGGAGGCAGAAAGACAACAGACAUUCCACUGGAGGGUUAUCUGCUGACGCCAAUUCAGCGAAUUUGCAAAUAUCCACUUCUGCUUAAGGAAUUGGCUAAGAGGACUCCCUCCAAGCAUCCUGAUCACCCAGCUGUCCAGAAUGCAUUGCAGGCAAUGAAGACGGUCUGCACAAAUAUCAACGAGACCAAGAGACAGAUGGAGAAACUGGAAGCCCUUGAACAGUUGCAGUCCCACAUUGAAGGAUGGGAGGGGUCGAAUCUUACAGAUAUCUGCACACAGCUCUUGCUCCAAGGGACUUUGUUAAAAAUCUCAGCAGGGAACAUCCAAGAGAGAAUGUUCUUUCUAUUUGAUAAUCUACUAGUCUAUUGCAAGAGGAAAUCCAGAGUUGCUGGGAAAAAAGCAUCUAAACGGACAAAGUCAAUCAAUGGGUCCCUUUAUAUCUUCAGAGGCCGAAUAAACACAGAAGUCAUGGAGGUAGAGAAUGUGGAGGAUGGAACAGCAGAUUACCACAGCAACGGCUACACGGUGACAAAUGGCUGGAAGAUACACAACACAGCCAAAAACAAAUGGUUUGUCUGUAUGGCCAAGACUGCAGAGGACAAGCAGAAAUGGCUGGAUGCUAUAAUCAAGGAAAGAGAGCAGAGAGAGAGUUUGAAACUGGGAAUGGAGAGGGAUGCAUACGUCAUGAUUGCAGAGAAGGGAGAAAAGCUGUACCAAAUGAUGAUGAGCAAGAAAGUGAACCUUAUCAAAGACAGGAGAAGAAAAUUAAGUACUGUUCCCAAGUGCUUUCUUGGCAAUGAGUUUGUAUCGUGGCUCACAGAGAUUGGGGAGAUAAGCAAACCUGAGGAAGGGGUCAACCUGGGACAGGCACUGUUGGAAAAUGGAAUUAUUCAUCAUGUUUCAGAUAAGCACCAGUUUAAGAAUGAGCAGGUGAUGUACAGAUUUCGCUAUGAUGAUGGAACGUAUAAGCCAAGAAGUGAAUUGGAAGACAUCAUGUCCAAGGGCGUGAGGCUCUACUGCAGACUACACUGCCUGUAUACUCCAGUGGUAAAGGAUCGUGACUAUCACCUGAAGACCUACAAAUCAGUAAUCCCUGCAAGUAAACUAGUGGAUUGGCUUAUUGCACAGGGAGACUGUCAGACUCGCGAGGAAGCUGUCGCGCUGGGUGUCGGACUCUGCAAUAACGGCUUCAUGCAUCAUGUCCUGGAGAAAAGUGAAUUUAAGGAUGAAUCCUUAUAUUUCCGCUUUUAUGCUGAUGAAGAGAUGGAAGGAACCAGUUCCAAGAGCAAACAGUUACGUAAUGACUUCAAGCUUGUGGAAAACAUCCUGGGAAAGCGUCUUCUGAUUUUACCAGAAGAGGAUGACUAUGGAUUUGACAUAGAAGAAAAGAACAAAGCAAUUGUGGUGAAGUCAGUUCGAAGAGGGUCUUCUGCAGAGAUGGCUGGCCUGCAGACAGGAAGGAAAAUCUAUUCCAUCAAUGAGGACUUAGUCUUCCUACGCCCAUUUUUGGAAGUGGAAACCAUCUUAAACCAGUCCUUCUGCUCACGAAGGCCACUUCGGCUUCUGGUAGCCACCAAAUCAAAAGAGAUUAUUAAAAUCCCAGAUAGUCCUGAAGCUCUUUGCUUUCAGAUACGGGGAGCAGCACCACCAUAUGUUCAUGCAGUAGGAAGAGGGUCUGAGGCUGCAGCUGUAGGCCUUCAUCCAGGGCAGUGUAUUUUAAAAGUCAAUGGAAAUAAUGCAUCCCAUGGAAAUUAUAUGGAAGUUCUGGAGCACUUCACAGCAUACAGGACGAGGCAACAGGAAGUACUGGGAUUGUACCAGUGGGUGUACAGAACACAUGAAGAUGCUGAGGAGGACAGAGUUCAGCAAGCAGCAUCCAGUGCGUAUCUGAAUGGCAGCCAUCCUGGGUCCAGCAAAGAAGACUCUUCACUGGAAGGAGGUGAAGAAGUGGAUCCCCUUCAAAAUAGCCAGCAGGAAUCAGCCCAGAUACAACAGACCAUCAGCUCUCCACUGAUCACUGGUGAAGAAACACCUCUCAUUAGCCUGACUGUGGAUAACACCCACCUGGAGCAUGGGGUGGUAUAUGAGUACGUCAGCAGCGCAGGAAUCAAAUCCUUUGUCCUAGAGAAAAUUGUGGAACCAAAAGGUUGCUUCAGUCUCACCGCAAAGAUUUUAGAGGCCUUUGCUGCAGAAGACAAUCACUUCGUAAGGAAUUGCAAAAGGCUUAUAUCCCUAAGCAGUGCGGUGGCCACCAUGCCCCAGUAUGAAUUCCGGCAGAUCUGUGACACUAAGCUGGAAAGCAUUAGCAGAAGGCUUGCAAACUACCAAGAGUUUGCAGAUGGAUUGAAAACAAAGGUGAGCCCAGCCUUCAAACAAGCCAUCAUGGAACCACAUUCCCUCAACAGCAUGGAUUUCUGUCCCACCAACUGCCAUAUUAACCUCAUGGAGGUAUCAUACCCCAAAAACACUACCUCAGCAGGGAGGUCGUUCAGUAUUCGCAUUGGACGGAAACCCUCUAUUAUUGGUCUUGAUCCAGAACAAGUAGGUACCAUAAAUCCAGUCUCAUAUACUCAACAUUGCAUCACCACUAUGGCUGCACCAUCCUGGAGAUGUCUGACCCCAGAAGAUGGAGAUCUUGAUGGUAGCUUUGGCCAGCAGAAUGGAGGAACAAGUCAGGAAGAAAGGGGACUCAGUUUUCUACUCAGACAGGAAGAUCGGGAGAUACAGGACUCAUACUUGCACCUUUUUAACAAACUUGACAUUGCAGUGAAGGAAAUGAAGCAAUAUGUCAUUCAGAUAAAUAAACUUUUGUCCACCAUAACGGAACCUACAGAAGGUGGUGCCUGUGAGCCACCAUCCACUGAGGAGACAUCUCCACCUUCCCUGGGAACAGAAGAGAGUGAUCCUGAUAAAGCUGAACAUGGUGGCAUCAAGAAGGUCUGUUUCAAAGUUUCGGAGGAGGACCAGGAAGACUCAGGACAUGACACAAUGAGUUUUAGAGACUCCUACAGUGAAUGUAACAGUAACCGUGAUUCAGUGUUGUCAUACACCAGUGUACGGAGUAAUAGCUCUUACCUGGGCAGUGAUGAGAUGGGAUCAGGAGAUGAGCUUCCCAGUGAUAUGAGGAUUCCUUUAGACAAACAAGAUAAACUUCACGGCUGCCUGGAACACCUUUUUAACCAGGUUGAUGCAAUCAAUGCACUUCUAAAAGGACCAGCAAUAACUAAGGCCUUUGAAGAAACCAAGCACUUUCCAAUGGACCACAGUUUGCAAGAAUUUAAACAGAAGGAAGAAACCACAGUGAGGUGCAGGAAUAACAUUCAAGCCAGCAUUCAAGAAGAUCCAUGGAACCUUCCAUUGCGCAUCAAGAACCUUGUUGAAAUCAUACAAAAACAUGUGGAAGAUGGGAAGAAUCAGCUGCUUUUGGCCUUGUUAAAAUGCACAGAUACUGAGCUACAGCUGAGGCGUGAUUCCAUCUUCUGCCAAUCUCUUGUGGCUGCUAUUUGCACCUUCUCGGAGCAGUUACUGGCUGCUCUCAACUAUCGAUACAACAACAAUGGAGAAUAUGAAGAGAGCAGCAGAGAUGCCAGCAGAAAAUGGCUGGAACAGAUAGCAGCCACUGGUGUUUUACUAAAUUACCAGUCACUGCUCUCCCCCACUGUGAAGGAGGAGCGUACCAUGCUGGAAGACAUCCAGGUCACGCUGACUGAACUGGACAAAGUUGCCUUCUAUUUCAAGCAGAUGGAUGAAAGUCUUGUAGCAAAUACUCAUGUCUUCUACCACAUCGAAGGAAGUCGUCAGUCCUUGAAGGUUAUCUUUUAUCUUGACAGCUACUACUUCUCCAAACUGCCUUCUCGGUUUCAGAAUGGGGGAAGCUUGAAACUACACACGGUGCUAUUUACAAAAGCUCUGGAGAGUAUGGAGGGGCAAUUACAACCAGCUGGUUCACCGCUGGAAGAACUUCCCCAGCAAAUUAAUGGUCUCUCUCUUGAAAAAGUGCAGCAAUACUACCGUAAACUCAGGACAUUUUAUCUAGAGAGAUCAAACUUGCCCACCGAUUCCAAUACUACCGCAGUGAAGAUUGAUCAGCUUAUUCGUCCCAUUAAUGCAAUGGAUGAGCUUUGCAGGUUGAUGAAGUCUUUCAUUAAUACAAAACCCACCCAGUCAGGAUACUCAAGCAGUAACAUAUCAGGAGCUGGCCUGCUACCUAUAUCCUCCGAGCUCUGCUACCGACUUGGAGCCUGUCAGAUUACUAUGUGUGGCACUGGAAUGCAGAGAAGUACACUGAGUGUGUCCCUGGAGCAAGCAGCCAUACUGGCUCGAAGUCAUGGACUUCUGCCCAAGUGUAUCAUGCAAGCUACAGACAUCAUGCGAAAGCAAGGACCAAGGGUUGAAAUCUCUGCCAAGAAUCUGAAAGUGAUGGACCAAAUGCCACCAUGUGCGCCCCGACUCUACAGGUUGUGCCAGCCACCUACAGAUGGGGAUUUAUAAAAGUGAGAGAGGCACCUGCGUUGUGGCAUCAUUCAAACAUUCAACAACAAGCAGCCCUGUCUGAGGACCCACGCUAACUAACGCUGACAGCGCUGAAACGAGAGGAAGAGAUGGUGCUCUGAUGUAGUCGGAGGUGAACGUGCUGAAUCCAGGCACCAAGAAUCUGCCUUUGAACUCCUGCAGUACAUACAGGGAUUCUUGUAUCGCUUUGACUUCUCGAAGAAAUUCUUAAAACAAAGAUCACAGAACUAAAAGGGAUGUUAUUGCCAUUUGCUAGAUGCCUGGAAAAAUGACAAUUACGCAUCAAGAAAGCGCAGUUUUACUGAUGACUUGUUUGUGCUGCCACCUAAAAGUUGUGGACUUAAAGGUAUGGAUUGGUUAAGAAAAUCCAGAAAGACGCCUCUCUCUCACCCUGUACUGUAUCUGGCAUCCAUUUAAUUGCCAGCAUCAUUUUGGUCAGUGGCCUUGAGCAGUAGCUUCACAAACACCACUUUUUAAUGUACUGACCUGCACUUUGGAACAAUAAAAUAGCACAAUCUAUGGUUUAUUGAGAUACGAACAGAAAGAAUUUCUUCUGGAGUCAUUUUCCACUUCAGCCCAGUGAGAACCAAUCUAUGCUGCAGAGUAUACAUUCCAUAAUACUUCUCACACUUACUUCAUUUACUUACUGUAGCUUUCAGGUUUUGGAUUAACUCUUUUUACUAAUGCCCUAUUAUGUGCUCUGGAAAUACAGUGGUAUAUAAGGGGAGAGAUUGGAGUGAAAGAUUUUAAAGGAAACUUUACAAAGGAAAAGUACAGUCUUAUAAUCUGAUUAUUUGAACAGAUGUAGUUUUUAAAACCAGUCAGAAGAACUAUACUUAUUUAUGUGGAGUGGAAUAUGUGUUUUGGAUCAUGUUAUUAUAUAUACAAGAUUUAAAUAAAAAUUAUAUUGUUUAAAAUGGGACCAAUAUGCUGGCAAUUACACAGCUACUCCCAGUUUACUGAAAAGAAAUCUACAUUAUUUAAAAUCUUUCAAUAUUUAAGUAAUCUUUAAUACAGUUAUUAAGAUGUAUUAGGGAUGCUUUAAGUUAAAAGAAAAAAAGGAAUCAUGUAUAUAAUGUACUUUAUUUUUUCUUGUUUGAAAAAUUGUUCUCCAUUCUGUCAGUAUUAUCCUAAGCACAGUAAUUUUUUUCCAAAUUACUGGCUGAAACUAAUUGAAACAUGUCAGCAGUCUCAGGACAGAAAUAGCGUUCUCUUGGAGUGAGUGCCUUAAUAUGAUCACCCAUCCCUAACAAAUUUCAAUUGUAGGCAGGUGUCAGUGGGCAGGUGUAUAGGAUAUUUACCAUUCCUCUGUUCCUCCACAGUCUCAUUUAAAACAGUUCAUUGUUAGGAGAUCCAGAAGCGCUUUGCAGUGAUGUGUAUUCUAGAAGAUGAAAGGUGUUUUUUUUUUUUUGGAAUUUUAUUAUUAUUAUUUCUGAGGUUGUUUGUGUUUUAGCUGGGUUAGUUUUAUUUUAUUAACAUCCCAACCAAUUCAAAUCUUAAAUUAAAAUCAGACCCUUUCACUUUGAAUAUGAAGGUCUUUUAAUUUUUUAAUUUACACAUCAUCACAAAACAGCUUAUGACAAGUUUGGGGAUGCAGCUUGUUCUGAACCUUGUUUCUGAUUCUUUAAAGUAUUUUCUUCAUGACUCACAGACUGAAAUCAUUUUGGGGAAGGAAUGUCUUUUGUUUGAUCUCUCAAUUAUUUCCUCUGACUUAGAGUAACCUGUUGCAGGGAACUAGGGCAACCCAUCAUUAGCCAGCUGUCAGAUACAGGGGUUUGUUACUAGAGUAACCAUUUUGUACUGCAGUAAGAUGAGCAAAGCAUAAUUUCAAUGCACUUUCUCAUUUUUUUGGUCAACUUUGCAAGAGUUAUUCUCGGCCUUUGCUGUUUGAAGAAAAAAUGGAUGUUUCUCUACUGAAUUCUCAACUUAAAAUCUACUUAAUAUUAUCAAAAUAAGGACUGUAGGAACACCUAAAAGCAAAAAGAACACAUAUGCCAAGAUCCUCACUUUGUCUACAUCAGCUCCGUUCAGUGGAACUGCAGCAAUCUGUACAGCCUGGUGAGGAUCCUUGCCCACAUUUAUGCAGUCAUUGUAGACGUUAAAGAUGCAUAGAAGAGCAUCUAAGGGCAUUUACACUGUGCACUGUUUUACAUUGAAAUGUACAUGUUAUUCUCACUGAAAACAUGAUAGAAGUAUUUUUAUUAUUAAAAGUUGAUUUAUAUUAUAAGGAAAGAAGAUAUGAUCUUAUUUUUCUGUUAUACCCUUUAUUUCCUUACUGUUUAAGUUCUAUUUAACAUUUUAAGUUCUAUCUGAUAUUUGUAUGGAGCGGUGAGAAGUUCAAGCUGUAAGGGAAAAGUAGUUUUUGAUACCAGCUCAAGCUGGCAGCACAGUGCUAAACACUUCCUGUUUGUGCAGUGCGGCUACAGAUGUGGUUUUACUGCAGACUUCAUAUUAAAGGAGAAAAGAAAAACUGUUUUGAUGCUGUAAAAUUGCAAUGUUGGAAUCCAGGGCUGGAAAAAACAGAUUGAAAUAGGAAAAAGACAAAAAACAGGCAAUGCACAAAUGAACCUGCAAGUUAAAAGAGCGGAUUAGGUCUGCAGAAUUUCCACAGCUAAAAGCAAAAUAAGAAUCAGGCCUGCCACAACUGAGCAAGUGGGGAUUUCAUAGAGCUGAAGCGUCUGAUACAUUGCCAUGUGGAAAACUUAGUUGAGAUGGAGAAAAUGGAAACUAGCAGCAUGAUUAUGAGGUGUGUGAGCAGCUGGCUAAAGGAGAGAAGGAAACACUGAAAAGAAAGUGGGGGUUGGGUGGGGGUUGCAAGUGGAAUUUCUUACAUUUCAGUUUUGUAACUGAACAGAUUUAACGUUUUCAUUAGUCACGGAAGCACACGUGCUACCAGACUGGGGUUGAUUUGGCACUAAUUUAGAGAAGGUUUAGGACACACACAAAGAUAGCCCUGGAAGACAAGUAAUUGACUGAGAUGAAAUUAUAUAGUACAGAUGCUAGCACAUGCAGUCGAAGAUUAAACAAAGUAUUUUGCUAUAUUUCAUGUUAACUGAAAAUAAAAGGACCUUGGUUAUAGAGAUUGUCAGAAGAUGACUUAGAUUCAAUACAAUUAUCAUAAAAGCUCAGCGUGCACCAGGAGACAGAUUUCCAUUUGAGAAGUAUUCAAGCCACUGUGCAAAGGCCUGGUGGGCUCCUAGCUGGACAGCCACGUACAGUUAUAGUGACCAAAUAAUUAAGUGAGAUUACAGUGGCUAAAUGUUGAGAAAAGACACUAAAAUGGUAUCAGUAAAGUGGGUACAAGUCUGCAAUUAAGAGUAGAAGAGCUUGAGUUCUUUAGCCUGAGGUACAGUAUAUCUGAUGUCUUUAUAAGAAGGUAAUUGUAAGAAAAGUAAAGGCAGUUCAGUCUAAACCUAAAUAUAGCCACACAGAGAAGAAGGAAUACAAACAGUUGAGGAUAAAUACUAGCUGAGAACUGUUUUGAACCUUAGAAAACUUUUCCAAUCAGAAUCUGAAAAAAAAAAAAAAAGGCAAACAAAAAGCUAACAACAACAAAACAAAACCCCAGCACUUUUACAAAGAUGCUUACAAAGCUUAUAAAAACCUGUAAGCAGCGGUGCUUAGAGUAACAGGAGAGCCUCUCUGGGUGGGUCAGUAAAGGCUGUGUGCUCUGUAUGUGUCUGUGACAGAAGCCGGAAACAGGCCCCGCUCUGCCCUGUUUUGUCCAUGGCAUUUGCAAAGCAGAAAGCUUGAAGUCCAGGCCUAGCAGUCUUUUAGCAUUAGACGUUUUCAAAUGCCAGUACUUAUUUGCAGACUGAACUAGUAGAACUUUUAGAUGAGAAGCCACAGAUUCAGACAGAUGUCUCAACAGGUCCUUUCAGAAUAGAAAAUAUUGAAAAGAAAGAUUCACCUGGGCUCUGGCAGAUCUUUUUGCUUCCAUCACAUUUUCUUAUUAGUAUGUGGUGCUAAAAGCUCACUGCUCUGCUAUUUGGGAAUAUUUUCAGUGUUAAUUAUUUCAUGGGUCUGAAGUGAUUUAGGAUAUAAAACACUAAGUGAAAAACAACAAGAAUUUCAAUGUAAAAAUAAUUUGAAACACUCCUGGCUCCCUAACAGUGCACAUAGUGCAAUCUGUCAUACUGCUUGGCAUUACAAGUGUCUAGCACAGCUACUAAACACCUGGUCAUUGGUCAAUGGCAAAAGGGGAAAAAAGAACAAUACAAACUUAAACAGCUCAUGAAGCUAUCUUAUUCACAAAAGCAUAGCGCAUAGGCUUGCUGAUAAGGUAUCAGAGAUUAAUCAAAUUAUCCAGUACAAUUUGUAUAUAAAACUAGUAAGUAUAGUGUAGACCUACAGUGUUAGAAUACAAGGUUCAAAGUAAGACAAACCUGCAGUAGUUAUUUAUCUUAAUGAGGAAGAAACAGCACUCUUUUUCUGCUCUGUAUGUAGUGUGAGAGCCCUGGCUUUGAUUAGCACUGAGAAACCAUUGUCGUGCCACUGGGCUCUGAGCCAUCUCUGUACGCAGAAAUCCUUUCUGUUUUCUAUUUAAUACCAUGGUGUAACAGCAGGUUUGAUGGUACUGUCACAGCAUCACUACACUUCAUCACUAAAGGGGGGUCUUUCUACUUAGUAUAAACGGAAGACCUUCUAGUGCCCUUAAACCAUGGCUUUCUGAGGUCUCUGUCUCACUGUUCCCAACUAACCUCCUUUGCUGUAAUGACCAAUUCACUUUUCCUUCCUGCUUCAGUUUGGGGAGGGAACUGGGGAACUAUUUUCUUACCACUGUACUGUGAAGAGUACAAGGAGAAAAACUGUAACCUGUUUUCAAAACUGGGAGUUGUAAGCUGUUUUGAAAACAGGGAGUGCUUUACAUAUAUAAUAUAAUAUAGUUCUAGUGACUUUAAAAACAGGAAGAUGGAUAGAAAAAUGGGAUAAGCAUCACAAAGACACAAAGAAACCUCUGCAUUUAAUUCCCAUAGGUAUAUUAUUUGACAGCACUUGGUUAGAGGAAAGACAACUGAGUAUAUUUUUCAUGCAGUCAUUCUGCUCUAUUUCAGGAAUCAAGUACCAUAUAUUUAUGCACACCAUCAGGGAACCUACUUUAACAUACCUGUUUUCCUUUAGGACAAAAAAACACAUUUAUGUAUGAAGUUUUUUCAGGCUCCUUAUCAGCAGCUGCCACUAUUUUUGAUUUGAUGAAUAUCAGAAUUCAGAACAUAAGUGAAUGUUAAAUCAAUAAUCUUUUUAAAAAAUGGUCUUGGCAAUAGGCUAUUCAUUUUGGAUUUCCAAAUAGUCCCUGUUAAGCCUGUUUCUUCUCUUGCACAGUUUGGCAUGCAUAUAAUAUGGUUUAUUUCAGGUCCUACUAAUUCUCAGUGUUUCUAUAUACUGUGAGAAUCAGGCUCUGAUUCACUGUUGCAAUCAAUCAAGUGUACCAGAAGAAAAAUUAGUUACUACCUGUACCCCUAUCAGUUGACUAGGUUACUCGUUUUUAUUCUCAAGGCUACCCUGGCUUCAGUGCUGAUUUAAAGACAAAGGACCCAAUUAUCUUAGAAUAACAGGUUUGGUUUUCAUAGUUAACCUUUCGCGGCUGUGUCUAGAUGAGAUAAGCCCGCAAGAUGAAAGUCACUGCACUAGUACAGCAAGUAUAGAAUACGUAACACAUUGCAGAGGACAGAGGACUUUUGAAAGGCUUUAUUUUUAGUCUUGUUACUAAGGGUAGCAAUGGCCACACUAAUCUGACAAUAGGUUAGACCAAAUUUAAAAGGCUUUUGAAAGAUAACUGAUGAUCAACUACAGGAACAAGACUGAUACAAUGUUAUUGCAUUUACAGCUCAUUUUGCACCUAAGAUCAAUUACCUCAUCUGGGCAGAGGGGAAAUGCUGAAGUGACACAAGUUGUACAGUAUGUUUUUGCAUAAAACAGACCUUUACGUGGUUUUAGGAAAAUGUUCUGAGAUGAUAUUUUUAUAUCAGUUCAUUGGACUGGCAUUUUCAAAUGUUUUGUAAAAAGAAAAAAAUGUACAGAAUAUUUGAGAGUUUUUUUCCAGUUAUGUUCGAGGGAUUCUAGUAUACUAAUAGAGUGUUAUAUUUUUCUUCAUGUUCUGUAUUUUUAACUAAGCAUGUGUAUCCUGCAUUAAGAUAAAAGUCUUAAU